AUGCCGGCCUCGACCCACCCCGUUGUGCCCCUGCGCCCGCCCGCCCGCCCGGCGCAGGAGAACCUGCCGGAGAGGAGCGUGAAGAAGUUCAAGGAUGUGAAGGGGUGUGAUGAGGCCAUCGCCGAGCUCAAGGAGAUUGCCGAGUACCUGAAGAGCCCCGACAAGUUCACCCGCCUGGGCGGCAAGCUGCCCAAGGGCGUGCUGCUGACGGGGCCGCCCGGCACCGGCAAGACGCUGCUGGCUCGGGCGGUGGCGGGGGAGGCAGGCGUGCCCUUCUUCUACAAGGCGGGCUCCGAAUUUGACGAGAUGUUUGUUGGGGUGGGGUCGCGCCGCGUGCGCGCCCUGUUUGCGGCGGCCAAGAAGAAAGCGCCCUGCAUCAUCUUCAUCGAUGAGAUCGACGCCAUGGGCGGCAAGCGGACCAACUGGGAGUCGAGCGGCGGCAGCCGCAAGACGCUCAACCAGCUACUGACCGACAUGGACGGGUUUGAGGAGAACAGCGGGGUGGUGGUCAUGGCCGCCACCAACCUGCCCGAGCUGCUGGACAGCGCGCUCACCCGCCCCGGCCGCUUCGACCGCCAGGUGGCCGUCACGCUGCCCGAUGUGCGCGGCAGGCAGCAGAUCCUGGAGCUCUACCUGGCGGGCAAGCCGGUGGCGGCGGAUGUGGACACGGAGCUGCUGGCGCGUCGCACCCCCGGCUUCAGCGGCGCCGAGCUGGCCAACCUGGUGAACGAGUCGGCGCUGCUGGCGGCGCGCCACGACCGCGACGCGGUGUCCGCACAGCUGCUGGAUGAGGCGAGGGACAAGAUUCUGAUGGGCACGCCCCGCAUCAUCGCACAGGAGGCCCGCAGGCUGACGGCGUACCAUGAGGGCGGGCACGCGCUGGUGGCGCUCUACACGGCCGGCGCCAAGCCCAUCCACAAGGCCACCAUCGUUCCGCGGGGCCACGCCCUGGGCAUGGUGUCGCAGGUGCCUGACAAGGACGAGUACAGCACGACGCGGCAGCAGAUGAUGGCUCACAUCGACGUGUGCAUGGGGGGCAAGGCGGCGGAGGAGCUGAUCUUUGGGGAGGACCAGGUGACCUCGGGGGCCACCUCCGACCUGCGGCAGGCCACCCGCAUGGCGCGCCACAUGGUGGUGGACUGCGGCAUGAGCGACCGCAUCGGCCCUGUGGCGGUGGGCGAGGAGCAGAGCCCCAGCACGCGGCAGGCGGUGGAUGACGAGGUGCAGGCGAUGCUGAAGGCGGCUUACCAGCGGGUGGUCAGCCUGCUGAGGGAGAAAGAGGGCGAGCUGCACAGGCUGGCCCAGGCGCUGCUCCAGGAUGAGACCCUGACUCUGGCAGAGAUCAAGAGCCUGCUGAUGGGGCGCGAUGGCGCAGAGCUGCCUGGCGGCGGCGGCGGCGGCGGCGGCGGCGGCGGCGGCGGCGGCUCCGGAGGGUGGCGUGGGGUUGGCGUGGCGGGCGCCGCCGCCGCCGCGGACAGCGCGGGCGAUGCGGCCGCGCCUGCAGCCGCGGCGGCGUCCGCCGCUGCGAGCAGCGUGGCCAGCGCAGCGGCGGCAGACGCACCGGCUGCUGCGUGA